AUGUCAGGUAACCAACAAGUCCGUUAUAUGAAUAUUGCCAGCGCUCAAGAUGCUCCACCAGCCUAUAAUCAUUGUCCACCCGAAGACGCUUUAAUUAUGAUAUCAGUGGAGAAAGAAAUUCGAGCAAUAUCCAAGAGACAUUCUCGUCACCUGCUCAUCAAAAAGUACACAACAGGAUUUUUGAUUGGUUUCUUGUUUUGUGUAAUUGUAUUUCUGAUAUCUGGUACACUCUGGAAGAAAUUUGAAACUCCAAACGACAGCCCAUUUUGCUAUAAACGAGUCAUAGGCUACUAUCAUGGAGGGAACAAUCGAAAGAUCACUGAAAAACAAAUCGAAAAGUUGACGCAUAUUAUUUUCGACGGUGUCUAUGUAAAUUCCUACAAUACGAUGGAAUUUGUAAGUGAUGAGCAGAGAUUAACGUUUUUGGAUAUGAAGAACAAAGUGAGAACGAUGAAGUCGGAUGUUAAAAUUAUGGUGUCGAUAGAUUACUGGCCUGCACUGAUUACGGAUUCUAAAAAAAGAAGCGAAUGGAUCAGAUCUAUCACUAAUUUCAUCCUUGAGCAACAACUUGAUGGCGUGCAUUUGACUAAAGGGACUCCAAAUUCUCCACUGGAAAAAGAAAACUAUAUAUUCUUUAUUCGAGAAUUGAGGUAUAAGCUGGAAAAGCUGGAAAAAUACUCUUUGCGAAAAAUUCCAUAUAUCGUCAGUGUGAAGGCUCUAUCGUUUUCACAAUCUCAAUUUCUAAUCCACGAUUUUCUGAAGUACGUCGACUUUUUGGAACUGGAAAUUGAAGAUCCACUUAAACUACAUGAAAUCACACCCCCCAUACCUCCUCUAUACUCGACGAGCAGUAAUAGAUCGAUUGACUGGACAAUGAAUGCAUUUUCCUGUGAAACUGGACAACCUAGUAAGCUAAACAUCAUUAUCCCGUUUCGUGGAAUUCAUUGGAGCCAAACCAGUAAAGCCGUUAUUACUGAACACGAUGAAAUAUAUAGGAUCGUUGCAAAACAUGGUGUCAGCUAUGAAGUUCCAUGGAAAAACAUCGAGAGAUUUGGAUUGAAUAAAACUAGUGCUAAAUGGCAUUCCGCGUCGAUGACACCAUUUAUUUCGGAACCGAAAAACCCCGAACUGUUUCUUUUCGAGAAUGAGAGAAGUGUGGUUGAGAAGAUGAAAUAUGUAAAGGAUAAGAAUAUUGGUGGAGUCAUUAUUGAUAAACUCGAUUACGAUGAUGAUUGGAACACACUUCUGAAUGCAGUGUCGUCUGUGGAGUUGUGUGGUGGUGAGCAGAAAAGUGAUAAGGAUAAAGUUAUGUAUAAUUUUUAG